AUGGGGAAGAUACACUAUUCAGCACAGCCGGAAAACAGCACAAAGUCAUGCAAGGCACGAGGUUCCGAUCUUCGCGUUCAUUUCAAGAACACGUAUGAAACAGCGCGAGUUCUUAAGAAUAUGCCACUGAGGAGGGCCAUUCGGUAUCUUGAAAAUGUGAAACUAAAAAAGGAGAUUGUUCCGUUUCGGAGGUUUAAUCACUGUGUGGGUCGUAAAGCGCAAGCUAAGGCUUUCAAGCAUACGCAGGGAAGAUGGCCUCAUAAGUCUGCGGAAUUUCUUUUGCAACUGUUAAGGAAUGCAGAAAGCAAUGCCGAGUAUAAAGGACUUGACACCGACCAUUUGGUAAUUGAACACAUUCAAGUGCAACGAGCUCCGAAAAUCCGUAGGAGAACUUACCGUGCCCAUGGUCGGAUCAGUCCAUAUAUGUCUUCACCCUGCCACAUAGAGGUUAUUCUUUCUGAGAAAGAGGACGUGGUUUCAAAACCAAACGACGAAAUAACAAGAAAGACGAAGGAGUCCAAGAAAAAACAGCGUCGAAUGUUAGCACGGGGUGAUUACUAA